AUGCUUUAUGAAGAAAGGACCGCUCCAGAUAACUGGGUGGCGUCUGAUUUUCUAAUACGUCUGCAAAGAAAUGUUAAUCUACAAGUAUUUGACCUGUCAACUAUUAUGCUUUAUUCGGGACUGGUCUUUCAGCAACUGUGCAGAAGCAUUUGCCUCUUCGUGACUUCUUUCAUCUUUUUGCUCUGGAAACGAGUGACCCCCUACUAUCUAGCCAUAGUCAUUCUUCUGACAGCUGUGUUUGGCUUCAUGCUGUGGUUCUUUUUGGUCCUAUCGUCGGAUGAACGGAAUCUCAAGGCACUUUCUACUCCUCUGCGCACAGGACUCAUAAUUCUGGUCUUUAGUUCGGCUUUGGCUCCUGUUCUGCAUUCUCUCUUGGAUACUGUCUCGACUGACACAAUUUACGCAAUGACUUCUAUAUUACUCUUCUUGAAUUUCGCUUCGCUUCCCUACGCCAACGGAAUGCGUUCUUCCCGAGUCGAUGGCACUACCGACUCCAAUAUUGUCUCCGUAGCGACAGGCUUCCUCGCUUCACUUUGUAUGGCCAGCCGCUUACCAGGACCUAAAGAAACGCUUCUUUUGAUUAUAUCUGCCACUCUUGUUUUCGCCACGUGGCCCACCAUUCGCCAUCGUAUACAGGUCUGCAAAGGUAAGAAGACCCGAUUUGGUUUUACCCUAGGAAUGGGCGCGGCGGCUGCUUUGAGCCUUUUGCCAUUUUUCUUCGAUGAUGAGAUCGAAUCUGUCUAUAAGGGCCUCAUUGCCACUGCAACCCUUUUGUCAACGUUCCUUAUCAAUUUCGGUAUACCUUUUAUCUUCUACAAGAUGCAAUCCAUCAAGUCCCUCACACUGCGCGCGCAUGUUCCGAGUAAUCUGGAGUCUUUGACCAGGAUAGAUGAGGAGUCCCCAUUGAGGGCCUAG